GUUUGAGGAAGAGCCAGACAAAACAAAUGAAGUACCGUGCUUGUUGGCGAUUAAAAAUACGAAUACGAAUGUUUUGAUUUCUUUCACAAGUUGCAAAUAUGUUCUAUUGUUUGGAAACGUGUAUUAGUUUUGUAGCAUGUUGUUUUAAAACAGAGAAAGUCAUUGUUUAAGCGGCUCGUAGGAAACUGGAGCCUCAGGUAACGUUAGCUAGCCUACGCCCCUGCGUGCUGAAGCAGGUACGUCGUGUUGGACCUCAUGGAGAGCGACCUGCACCAGAUCAUCCACUCUGCACAGACUCUGACCCCUGAGCACACGCGGUACUUUCUGUACCAGCUCCUUCGUGGCCUUAAGUAUGUGCACUCGGCCAACGUCAUCCACCGGGACCUCAAACCCUCCAACCUGCUGGUGAACGAAAACUGUGAGCUAAAAAUUGGUGACUUCGGCAUGGCGAGAGGUUUGAGCUCGCACCCUGAGGAUACUUACUCCUUCAUGACUGAGUAUGUGGCCACCCGGUGGUAUCGUGCGCCUGAGCUCCUGCUCUCUCUGAGUCACUACACGUUCGCCAUCGACCUGUGGUCYGUGGGCUGCAUCUUUGCGGAAAUGUUGGGUCGUAAGCAGCUUUUUCCCGGGAAGCACUACGUCCACCAGCUCCAGCUUAUUUUGAGCGUGCUGGGCACACCUCCUGAGGGUUUGAUCAGUUCUAUCAGGGCUGACAGGGUGCGCUCUUAUGUUCAGAGUCUUCCAUCGCGAACCCCGGUUCCUCUGGCUAAACUCUACCCACAAGCCGAACCAGGGGCUUUAGACCUUCUGGGGGCCAUGUUGCGCUUUGAUCCUCGUGACCGCAUUAGCGUGCGGGAAGCACUGGAGCACCCUUACCUGGCCAAGUACCAUGACCAAGACGACGAGCCCAACUGUGUGCCAGCUUUUGACUUUGAGUUUGACAAGCUUCCGAUGAAUAAAGAACAAAUCAAAGAGGCCAUUUUGAUGGAAAUUCAGGACUUUCAUAAAAAGAAACAGAUCUCCCGUCAGAGACUGCAGUUCAGGCCUUUGGCGAGAAAUAGUGGUGCUACGGCACAAAGCAGUAUUCAGUGCAACGCUCAGCCUGAAACUGUGACGGGACAAACAAUGGUUCCAAUUAAACAAGCACAACAAAUACAGCAAAUCAGAGAAGUGAAACCUCAACCGCCACAAGAUCCACCAGCAGAACUGAACCAAGCCUUCACAAACCAGAUGAAAACCUUUAAUGAGCCUGCAACACUUUUAGAGGUCGCCUCGCUUCAUGUGGCCCAUAAUUUGUCCCUCUUCAGUAAAAGUGAAGGCGAUCUGGUUGACGUGGACAUGCCCAGCGCCAACUCUGACAGCGGCCAGCCAGAGACGAUCGAUUUAACGACGCCGGUGUCCAGCCAGGAUGCUCCUCCAGAAGCCAUGAGAGACGGCGAGUCUUCUCAGGUGCCGAACACCCAGAACCGUUGCCUGGCUCAGGAUCCCACCUCCGUCCCUGCAACAAAAGCACAAAGCAUCACAUCUCUUCCCAACACCGUGCCUUCACUGUCUCUGUCUGCAGCACAGGCCCAGUCUCUCUCUCAGUCUCUCUCACAGUCCAUGUCUAAGAAAGGAAGGCCUCCUCCUCCACGUGCACCAGAAGGAACCAGAAAGGAAGGAGCAAUUUCAGAAGUUACUAAAACUGCACUGAAAGCAGCCCUACUGAAGUCAGCUCUCAGACACAAAACCAAGACUGGAGGUGCCUUGGUUCUGGGCAUCGACCCUGGCCUAGCAGGAGGCGUCUCGUUCUCCACAUAUUCUGGUCCAGAGUCGCGCCGGCCUGUCACAGCCCAGGAGCGUCAACGAGAAAGAGAAGAGAAAAGAAGGAAGAAGCAGGAACGGGCGAGAGAGAAGGAGAAAAAAAUGAAGGAAAAGGAGAAAAAAGAAGGAAAACAAGGAGACUUCCUGGGCGGGGUUCUGCUGAGCGACAACGACAAGAGCUUGCUGCAGCGCUGGACCAUGAUGGUGGACAGCCGCGGUGAGAAAUCUCAGCCUGGCAAUMACGAUGGAGCAAAUAAUCAAGACCUUGAUGUGAACUCGCUCCGAGCUGCAGCUGGUGGUGACAGAGCUCUGAACAAUGCGGUGGAUAAAGACGCGACAAAGAUUCAGCAUCGCGAGCAGGCAAGCUCUCAAGUCAAACCGAACCAGCCGGGGUUGUUUGAGCCUCCCAGAACGCAGCAGCUCCCGUUAGCUUUCUCCAUGAGCCAGAACAAGCCUCCAGCACAUAUGGUUGUUGCUGUAAGUGGAGAGAUAGAUAUGACGGUCUCUGAUGGAUUAGUUAAUAAAAACACAGUCAAACAUCACACCAAGGAAAGCAUUCAAAGUGGCUUCAGCUGUGUGGCAAAUUGGAGCGGCGCACGACUGGAGACGAGGCCACCGCAACAACCAAACAUGGCAUCACAGCCGCCGCCAUCAUCAUCAAGCUUUCUUCAACAACCUAACAAUCAAUCUCAAUAUGACCCCAAACUUCAGCCACAGCUGCUCCCGCAUGAAAGUUUUCUGUCCAAAACUGCAGCACUGAGCAGCAGAGAGACGAACAGAAUUGUGGACGUCAGAGUCCAGAACAUCAUCAACUCGACCGCAGCUACGGGACCAAUGGAGAAGCUUUGUCCUUCUAUAGAGGAGAAACCAACACAAAACAUACAUCACCUCUGUGGGACUUUAGGGGUUCCCUCGCAGCCACACCCCAGUUUAGGAUUUACAGAUACUGGUCAGCAGGGACCCUCCAUUGCCCCUGACAUCAAUAAAGUAACACAGCAGCUUUCAAAGUCCCAGGUAGAGGAUAUUUUACCUCCUGUGUUCUCAGUCACUCCGAAGGGCAGCGGGGCGGGCUACGGUGUGGGCUUUGACCUGGAUGACCUUCUCAACCAGUCCCUAACAGACCUGCAACACUGUGACCGGGACAGUUACGACUCAGCCCCGCUCUCGGCCUCCCUGUUAUCUGAUUGGAGCGAGGUCCACCGCAUGACUCCAGCUGACCUGGAGUCACUGCAGCAGGAGCUACAGCUCGGCUCGCCCAUGAUCCUCUCUGAUACCAUCCCCCCUGACGCUUGACUCACCCUUUCCAACAAAACAACUUUCAUUCAUUUAUUUUAAUUUUUUUUUUUACUGUCAAACACCUGAACAGAAAUGUUUUAAUUUAAUAUGA